UAAUAAUGCAUAUUUUGAUGGUCAUGGCUAUCAGGCACGGUCAACAGGGUCGCAGUGUCGUUAACGAGACAUAUGUGUGUAUUGCUGGACCGAACUUAACGCGGAGAUUUUGAAGUUUCGAAGGGAACAAACCACAUGGAGUGACGAAUCGAGGAAAAACUUUGAAACCGGACCACGCCGCAGUUCAUUAGGCGUGAGCAGAGCUUAGGCUGCAGUUGGCCGUUUUGAGGUGGCGCGGCUGACAAUCCUUCCACCGCGACCAACAGCAGUCUUAUAUCCUUUUCAUCUUUUCUCUUGCGUUUUCCAUCCAUCUAGCUAUAUUUCUUUCUAUUUGUGUUAAUAAAGGUCCCAAAGGGACCAGCAACCUCUGCAAAGAUGAUGACCCCCAUGCGUUACAUCUUACUCGUAUUGGGUGCUAUUAUUUCAAUCCACUACAUCCUCAGCUUCACCCACGAAGAAUACGGAAAAGCGACGUCCAUCUCAAGCAUAACAGAGCAAUGGACCGGUUCAAAGUCAAACCCUCCCUACAAAACGCCCGUGCCCGACGAAUACUACAAACCCGAUUCGCCCAUGGACAUACAAGACCGCAAAGCGAACGCCACAUUCGUCAUGCUCGUACGGAACUCUGAUCUUUCGGGAAUCAUGAGCAGUAUGAAGCAAAUCGAGGAUAGGUUCAAUAGGAAGUUUCAGUAUCCUUAUGUCUUCCUCAACGAUGAGCCGUUUACGCAGACUUUCAAAGACCGCAUACAGGCCUUGACUAAUACUACAGUCGAAUUCGGUGUCAUCCCGUCUGACCAUUGGCACCAACCUUCAUGGGUCGAUGAAGAUAGAGCAAGCAAAUCCCGUCAAGAGAUGGUGAAUAACAAUGUGAUUUACGGAGGUAGCGUUCCAUACCGGAAUAUGUGUCGCUUUAACUCUGGCUUCUUUUAUCGACAUGAGCUCUUACAAAAGUACCGGUACUAUUGGAGAGUCGAGCCAGACAUCAAGCUUUUCUGUGAUGUGGACUAUGAUCCCUUUCUCAUGAUGCAAGACCAAAAUAAGGUGUAUGGUUUCACCAUAUCACUAUACGAAUACCAAGCUACUAUCCCAACACUAUGGACCGCUGUCAAAUCUUUCAUUAAUGCUAAUCCUGAAUUCGUGGCCCCCGGCAAUGCAAUGGCAUUUCUCUCUGAUGAUGCAGGAGAGUCGUAUAAUCUGUGUCACUUCUGGAGCAACUUUGAGAUCGCAGAUCUUGACUUCUGGCGAGGCGAGGCAUAUUCCAAAUUCUUCGAAUACCUUGAUGAGCAGGGCGGAUUCUAUUACGAGCGUUGGGGAGAUGCACCAGUUCAUAGCAUCGGAGCUGCAUUGUUCGCGAAGAAGGAACAAAUUCACUUCUUCAAUGAUAUCGGAUAUCGACAUGAGCCCUUCCAGCAUUGUCCACAGGGAGAUGCGCACGCAAAAGGAAAAUGUUGGUGCGACCCUGGUCAGAAUUUCGGCAAGUACCUCCAUACAAAUGUUCGACUACCACUGAAGUUCAUUUCUUUAGACUAUGAGUGGUAUUCGUGCCUGAACCGAUAUGAUAAGAUAUUCUCGUAG